GGCGGCGGGCCGGCUGCGCGGGGCUGCGCGGGGCUGCGCGGGGCUGCGCGGGGCUGCGCGGGGCUGCGCGGGGCUGCGCCGGGCGCCGGGACGGGGGGGGGGCAUGCACCGGGCUGCGCGGGCAGCCCGGGAACCCCGCGCAACUUGCCGCCCCGCAGCCUGAAGAGUUGGGGCGGCCGUGGGGGUCUGCGCCCGGGGGGCUUUUCGUCCCCCUUGGGGACUCCCCCCGCCCCCACUCCAUUUCGGCCGCGGGGGGGAGGGGGCGUGUGCGCCCCCUUUCCUGGAGGCCUGGUUCUCUCCCGCCGGCGUCCGCCCCUGCCGAGAGGCGCAACUUGAGGGGAGCCCGGGCCAAAGUGAGCGCAAAGUUGCCGGGAUGGAGCUGCAGAGCCGGUCCGAGGCGCUCGCCGUGGAACUUGCGUGUCACCAGAACGGCGACCUCAAGAAGCAGCUCCAAGAGAGGCAGCCCCGGAUCGCUGCGCUCAGCGACAAACAGACUUUGGGAACCAUCACUGCAGUGCCUGUCACGGGUCCUCAGGUCAGCUCCUUGCAGAGGUUGGCCGGGCAAGGAGCAGCAGUGCUACCUCAGGUUAGGCCAAAGACACUGAUUCCAGACAGCCUCCCUGUCACCCCAGGCCGGGACCGGCCACCCAAGCAGCCCCCCACAUUCCAGAAGGCCACCGUGGUCAGUAUCAAGAACCCCAGCCCAGCCCUCCCCACUGCCAACAACACCGUGAGCCAUGUGCCAACGCCUGGCAGCCAGCCCCAGGCCCUCACCGAGCCAGCUGCCAUCACCUCUCCUCUGAGCAGUGCCGGGGUGGCCUACGCCAUCAUCUCCACCGCCCCCAGCAAUGCCGCCGCCGCCGCCAUCGCCCCCAGCACAGCCGUGUCCGUGGUUAGCGACAGCAUCAAAGUGCAGCCCCUCCUCAUCAGUGCCGACAAGGUCAUCAUCAUUCAGCCCCAAGCGCAGUCACAGCAUGAGAGCACAGCGGAGUCACGGCCACCCACAGAGGAGCCAUCUCAGGGAACGAAGGCCACCAAAAAGAAGAAGGAUGAGGGGUCUCCAAGCCAAGAGAACCCCGAGAAAAUUGCCUUCAUGGUGGCUCUAGGCCUGGUCACCACAGAACACUUGGAAGAAAUCCAGAGCAAGCGCCAGGAGCGAAAGAGGAGAAGCACAGCCAACCCUGCCUACAGUGGCCUCCUGGAGACAGAGAAGAAACGGCUGGCAUCCAACUAUCUCAACACCCCCUUGUUCCUCACAGCAAGAGCCAAUGAGGACCCCUGCUGGAAGAACGAGAUCACCCAAGAUGAGCACUGUGCUGCCUGCAAACGGGGAACCAACCUGCAGCCCUGCGGCACCUGCUCAGGGGCUUAUCACCUCAGCUGCCUGGACCCCCCUCUCAAGACUGCGCCCAGGGCUGGGUGGAUGUGCCCCAAGUGCCAGCAGAAGGCCUUAAAGAAAGACGAAGGUGUGCCCUGGACUGGGAUGCUGGCCAUUGUGCACUCCUACGUCACCCACAAAACAGUCAAAGAAGAGGAGAAGCAGAAGCUGCUGCAGAGAGGCAGCCAGCUGCAGACCGAGCACCAGCAGCUAGAGGAGCGGGGCCGGUGCCUGACCUCUGCAGUGAAGAAAUGUCUGGAACUUAAGACGAGCCUGCUGGCCCGACAGCGGGGCACCCAGUCAUCCCUGGACCGCCUGCGGGCCCUCCUGAGACUGAUACAGGGCGAGCGGAUGCUCCAGGUCACCAUGACGACCACCGGUCCCACCCCGCUGCUGGCUGGGCCCUGGACCAAGCCCUCCCCGGCCACCACCAUGCACUCUGCCCUCCAGCACCCCCAGGGGCACAACUGACUUGCUGUCUUCACACCCACAGAAAGUUCCUGGGACCCUGCUCACAAAACCGGAGGGUUCUGCUAGCCUUAAUUCAUAUACACUAUGAAUUUCAGAGAAAAGCAAAAACCAGAACCGUAGGGAGACAAACCUGAGCGAUGUUAGUCCCAGAGCCAGGGCCAGGUGGAGAUGGCAUCCAGCUCCACAGGCAGACGGGACACCCAGAAACAAGGGCGCACAUGCAUGGCCCUUGGCUCACAGGCACAGCUGUCCCCAGGCCUGGGGCUGUCCUGCCCACAGGAGAUGGGGUAGCAGAGGGGCAAGGAGACUUUCCUUCCUAGGGCUCCACUGAGGGCCUGGCCCCUCCAGAGUCCUUGGGAGGGCACAGAGACGUAACUGAGUAGUAGAGGUAGUGAGGACAAGAAGUGGGUAGGGAAUCUAGGUAGAACUCCAGUACCCCUUCCUCCUGGGAGCCCUGAGGCUCAUGUCAGGCCUUCCCAGAGCUCCGGCCCCGCCAGUCAGUGUUAGCAUCGAAAACCUGUAUUCACAGCUGCAUCACCAGAGAAACGUUGGGGGUGGCAGGGGUUGCGCUGUGGCGUUGGCUGCAAGGGCCUUGUCAUCCUCUCUUCGAAGCACCGGCCACACCCGCCACCACCCACCACCUUUCUCUCUCUCUCUUUCCAUCUCUCAGAUUCAUUUUGCCUCCCACGUAUUUUCCUCAUGGAGUUUUUUGGGGAAGGCGGAGUUGCACCUCCUGGAAGGGGAGGCAUCUGGCAGGUUUUCCAGUUGGGUUGAAAUAAUUGUUUAACUUCUGACUGAAGCCUUUUUUCUUUCCUCCCUUGGAAGAGCCAAUAAAGUAUUCCAGUUCUUUUUUUUUUUCCUUGCCAGGAUAGACACUAUGCCAAAAAAAAAAAAAAAAAGAACUUUACAUUUUUGUAUGGUGUUUUUAAUGUUAAAAUAUUUAAUGUGAAGGGGGACACUUGCUGACUUCUUUUUCUGCUGCAAGGGACGACAAGAAACCCCCCUGAGCCUGGGGGGGUAGCUGGGGGGGGAUCCAGAGGGGGGCUGUUGUUAAGAAUGAGGGGUAAGAGUGGAGGCUUUAGAGUCCCCCUUCCUGCUGUCCUUUGGUGACAGCUGAGCCCAUGCAGCUCGUUUUAAAGGGCUCCUGCGUCCCAAGGGGUCUGUGCCAGCCCCUCUCACUCACCAGCUUCUCUAUUCUCCAGAGGCUGUAGCACAACAGGAUAUGCAGCCGGGAGCCCGGGGAUCCCAACCGCAGCGGAUCACACGGUGCCGAAUUGUGCUGAGCAUGCGGGUGCGUGUGCCGCUGCAGCCCCCCGCCCCGCCCCGCCCCGCACACGCGCGCACACGCACGCAGGUGCGCCAAGACCAGUGCAGAGUGAGGGGGCGGCCCAAAUUCCAGCCUGCUGCGUCCCUCAUGUCAUUUUCACGACUCCGGGAGAAACUGUGCUGUAUGUACGAUACAGAUCUAUUUUAAUACACCUAACACUGGGUUGAACAAGAUUUUUUAUAUUCUUUUAUCGAUGAACAAAGUGAGCUGUGAGACACACGUCUUCUAUAUUGGUUACCCUAGAGGCCAGUUAUGCAUUACCGCGUGGCUUGCCAUGUACGCCUUCGGAUUCCUUCUGUUUUUCUUUCUUUCUUUUUUUUUAAUCUGUUGUCGUUAUUGGUGUGUUUUACCUUCUUGGAUGGAUCGAAGGAAAUGUUUUUAAACUGUGAUGGGAGGAGAUGAAAGGUUGGACCCAGGAGGGGUAGCUGCUGAUGCGUCUUGAGACUUAGUUUUUUGUUUUGUUUUGUUUGUUUAGUUUUCCCCGACCGAGGAGGAUCAUCGCGUGGAUAGUGAGGGUAGCGAAAGUGUUUGUCUUAAAUACACCCGUGUAGUUUUCCUUCUGUAUGAUGCAUUAAACGCGAUUGAGGAUUUCA